AUGAAGCCCAGUCAUCGCAAAAUAAGGCUCAACCUGGGGCCCUAUCCCAGCUACCCAAGCAGUAUCCAGUUUCCUGGGCUGGGAACCCGGCCAAUCUUGGUGGCAGAAGAUCUUACAGCUCUUCAUAUUGAGAAGUACCUUUCAAAAGAGUUUAAGAAUCAGGCUAGUGCCAUUUUUUGGUUGUCUAUUGUGGUUGCUCGCAAGUACGCUGCUGGCACCGCUGCUCGAAUUGCAGCUACCGAGAACCGCAAAGACUUCUGGUGA